AUGAACAAGGAGGGCCGACGGACAAGGACCACUUGCAGCAGUGAAGCAGCAGCCAGUGCAGGUGCACUCACACUACUCACACUACCGACCACCCACAAUCCUGGUUGGAUUACGCGAGAAAAUCAUUCCGUUGAAACCGACUACGGGGGGCUGUCCUCCGCGGAUGGAUCGAUUAUUGCUAGAAUGGUCGGUCCAGGUGCCGGUGGUCAGAGGGGCUGUUUGACUCGCGGCUACCACGGAGUAACCACAACGCCAUGGCGCAAAGCGUGGAUAGAACAGACCCGCCGAGAGGAAUGA